AUGGCUUGGACGGUUGCACUGGAGGGAUGGACCCGACUCCAAGCCCGGCAAAGUCUCGACCAUCAUGCCUACGAGUCCAUCAAUGAAGCCUUAGUAAUUUUUGGGCUUGUCACUGGUACCUUGGCACUCUUCGUGCACACCUAUACCAGCGUAUUUAUUACCCGACAAUUUGGAGUUCAUAAUGUUUUGACGAUAAUUGCAUGGAUUUUGGCAGUCACUGUGCAGGGCUUAACUCUCCAUGGUUUCACUGAUGGUGGAAUUGGGAAACAUGAAUCCACUCUCUCAGAGAGUGAGAAGACUAGGUUCACGGUGGUGAUCCUAGCAAUCAUCGUGACCUUCAUUCCACUGGUGUGUGUCGCAAAGCUGAGUCUGAUCAUGCUAUACUAUCGACUGAGCCCGCAUGCAAAGCUAUGGCGGAUAUGCGUGUACGCAAUCGCGACUAUCAUUGUGAUACCUACGCCCAUAUUAGUAUUCCUUUAUCUAUUCGGCUGUCAACCGGUUGCGAAGGCAUGGAACGCGACAAUCGAUGGAGGGCAUUGUGUGGACCGGCUCAGUAUCAUGCUAGCAAGCUCCGUGCUCAAUGUCAUUACGGAUUUCUUGAUGAUAAUCGCUCCAAUCCCUUUGAUCUGGAAACUGAACAUGAGAAUUUGGCAGAAACUAGGAGUGACAUUGAUGUUCUUCUUAGGUGGCAUCACGAUUGUUACCAGUAUCUUUCGUGCAGUCACUGUCGACAACUUGCUUUAUGAAUCAGAUCAUCCAUAUCAUAUGGCAGUUCCAAUUCUAUGGGCGAAUGCGGAAACUGUUCUCGUCAUAAUCUGCGAUUGCCUUCCCUCUCUCCGCCCAUUCCUGCAUCAGCAUUUUCCCGGAGGCUGUUUUACAGGAUCUGAGUCUUCUGGGGCCCCAACUAGCGGGACACGCAACACGAGACAACACGGAAGAAGUCGUUACUUUGACGAUGAUAUCGAGCUCAUUCAAAACGGCUCGAAUGCCUCGAGGUCCAUGGUCAUUACGCGGACUGUAGAGAUGGAAUUACAAUACCAUAAAAAUGAGGUGGAUGUCAAACCGAUGAAGCAGCCUGGUCCAUGA